UAGUUGUUAGUACAUAAGUGGAGGUAAAGCAAAACCGGCUCACAGUUCUUCUCGUCUGUUUCGUUGAUCGGCCGCUUAUUAAUAUACUUUACGGAGUGUCGUUUUUAAUUUUUUAAAAAAAAUUGUAGGUGUCAAUGACAAGAUCGAAGAGAAAGUUCGCGAUUACGGACAAAUUUCUGCCAAGGCUAGCCAAAAAUUUGUGUACCAGAAAAGGUAGCCGCCGGGCGAACACUGGAAACCGCCUAGAACACGCAGUGCUCACCCACAUACAACACGUGCCGUAGUUUCCCUGAAGUUUGAACUUCCUCAUCGCUAAUCAUCAUCCAUCUCCUUUUCACCGGCAUCACUUAGUCAGAGCGAAAGAGACAUACACUGGCAGUCAUGGCUCGUGGAGACGAAUGCAAAACCGCGUCUAAGGCUAACUAUGCCUGCAAAAAUUUGGAUGUAACUGCUCCUUUAAAAAAAUCAGUUACCCAACCAUCCACAUCUCAAGCACCAGGGAAGCAGCAACAGAAGAAGGAUUACGGAGCUUGGGGUCCCAUCUACAAAGACAGGAAGACGUUCACAGAUAUGCAUUUGUGUUGAUAAACACAUCGAGCCGGAUCAUCAUCACUUCGCAUGACACUGCUUACCAUUUACCAUUCAUAGUCACAAAAUAAUGUUUGUUUUUUAAUUCGCCUUUUUUUUUUAAUUAUAACUGAUAAUAAAUAACGAAUUUUCUCAUAAAUUGUUUUAUUAUAAGUCUUUAGUAUAUUUGAAAGUCGAAUGUCGAAAGUCGCUAUAAAAAUGUUUGUAGUCAAUUUACAAUGUUGAUAUUUUACUAAUAAAUCGAUAAAAUGAGUGGAAUUAUAACAAUGAGGUUAAAAAAUAGACCAAGUAAUUUGAAAUCUUUUGUAAAAGUUAUAAUUGUAAUAUUCAAAAUUAUUAGGCGAUUUUAAGUUUAUAUUUUUAGCAAUUAAAGGUUUUACACUUGUAAAAUUUUGUAACGAUUAUUUUUUUAUCAUGUUACAAAAUAAAUGUCGUGAAAACAAUGUUGUUUUUGUGACGUGUGGCUUUUUAUGUUUGUUUGAUGGUUUAGGGAUUUUUUAUUUUUGAUUUGCACACUAACAAAACAUGUAUUUCAUUCUUAAUAACAUAUUAAAUUGCAUCAUUCAUUACUGACAGAUUGUUUGUUUGAGUCCUAUAAAAUAUUUCAACAAUAUUAUGUUUUUUGCGUUUAAGUCGAUGAAUAUUAAAUAUAUGUAAUUACAUAACUAUUAUAAUAAUAGUAUAUUUACACGUAAAUCUGGAAAUAUUGUAUAUUUAUAUAGACGUAAUAUUGAAUUUAAAUUAAAUAAUGUUAAAUGAAGACUGAAGAAAUAAACUGAAGUUCGUUGUUUAUUGAUAAUUUCAAUAAUUAAAAGAAAUAUAACAAAUAAUUGGCUCCAAUAGAGAUAAAAUAAUAAUAAUUCUUUUAUAAUUUAAUUUUUUAAUCAAAAUAUCUGAUUGUGCUAGAAUGGAAAUCAGUUUUUCUGUGGAAAACAGUCUUAUUUAAGUUUGUUUACGUUACAUAUUCAAAGAGAUACCCGUAUACGUUGAUAUUAGCAUAUAGGAAAAACACCAGAUAUUGAAUCUAACCCGACUAAUAAACGUUGGGGAAUAUAUAAAGGAAAACAUAAUUGUAUUCAGUCGAAAAAAAGCACUUAGUAACGUUCCUAUAUACUAAAUUUUAAUAUAUAUUAAUUUAAACCACCUAUAUGUGAUGUACAUACUAUCUUUCAUUAGAAGUUGAACAAAUAAAUAAUUGAGACUAAACGCCUCAUCGUCAUCGUACCAACAGUUAACUGUGAUGAAAUGAAAUGGAGACUGAGAAUCCCAUUGCUAGCAAUAUACCCAACCAGGUCGACCUCCUCGCGGUUCUCGCUGGAAACUAUCAUGGUUAAUUCCUGAUGAAUACAUCAUGAUGGGCUAACUGGCCUGUUUUCAUUCUCAUCUAUCACCCUUCACUGGUGCUCCGCCAGCGUAUCCCGUUAGCGCAGGCGGGGUUACCAUACCAUUUUCACCCAUCAAAAAAAAAAACAGUUAACUGUCCACUGCUAAACAUGGACCUCCCCUUGGAGUGUUUUGCCAGUAAUUGUUACGCUUUGCAAAUAGCAAACUUUGGAAACCGCAGUUAGGUUUUGGUGACGUUUUAAGAAGGACGCUGCUGUGCAUCCUUUGACUAUUAAAUUAUAUAUUUUAAUUAUAAUAUAUAUAUAUAUAUAUAUAUUAUAAAUAUUUUAAGUCUUAGGAGAGAUUUUGCCUCACUCUGCGUGUUCUACCGCUUGUACAAUGGAUUGUGCUCAGAGGAAUUGUUCAAUAUGAUGUCCACAGUCACUUUCUACCAUCGUACGGCUCGCCAUCGACAGGGAGUUCAUCCUCAUGUUUUACAGCCUCAAUGGUCGCGUACUGCGCGGUUUCAGAGAUGUUUCCUCCCACGAACACUCAGGUUGUGGAAUGAGCUCCCUGCCGAGGUUUUCCCAAGAGACUAUAGCAUGGGGUUCUUCAAAAGGUGGGUAAAGAGGUUUCUUCAGGGUCGGCAACGCACGCGUAGUGCCUCUGGUAUUGCAGGUGUUCAUAGGCUACGGUAAUCACUUACCAUCAGGUGGACCGUAUGCAUGUUUGCCACCUCAGUGGUAUAAAAAAAAUUCUAUCAAAGACGAGUCUACUGAUGUCCAAUAGUACAAAUGUAAACCAAUUGAUUAAAUGUUUCGAUUUGUUAGUAAUUUUGUAUCUGUGAUAAUUUUAACACAGACUGUAAUCUGUAAAAUGGGCCACCCCUUCUUUUCCCGUGGUUGUCUUAAGCGACGACUAAGGGAACUUAAUGGUCGAGGAGUGGGUACCAGCGUCCCUUAUAACCGCCACCGCCAAAACCUAACUUUUUUUUUAUACAACUUAGAAUGGCAAACAAGCUGACAGCCCACCUGAUGGAAAGUGGUAACUGUAUAACUGCAGUUAUAAAUCCGUCUGCCAAGCGUGGCAAAUACUGGUAAAGCCCCCCCAAUAGGGGGAGGCCUAUUGUCAGUUGUGGACAGUUAACGGCUGAUAUCAUGAUGAUGAUGGUGAAGCUAUGUUUAUAUGUUGAUCAAUCCUUGAACAGUAUUAGAAGUGUAAUGGAUUUGAGUAUAUCCAAAUUUUUUUUUAUACAACAUAGAAUGGCAAACAAGCUAACGGCCCACCUAAUAGAAAGUGGUAACUGUCGCCUAUAGACAUCAGCAGUACCAUGGACAUAACAGAGUAUACUGUUUCACCCAUGAUCCACCUCAUGCGUUGCCAUUCCUGAGGACUCAGGUGUUAUUCUUCUGUACCUUGUAAAUUCACGCCAUAUCCCAUCCUUCAAAUCUAAACACAGCCAUGCAAACACAACUUGGGGACAGAGGUACCCAAGCAAUGGACUUUUGUACAAAGUCUCCCUCUGGGAGAUUUUUUUGUCAUCUAUCAACCCAGUUUUUUGGGAAAAAUUAUUCAGGUUCAGUCCCAUGAAAAAAUUCUUAUGAUUUCGUAUUCGCCCUUCAUUUUAUAUUAUCGACAUGUAGCCUAUGGCAUUAUCACCAUAUGAAAGUAACGACGUCCCAUUCAUUGAUAUUCAAUAGGCCAUUUAGGCUACACGGUGUCGGAAAAAUCCAGAUACAUUUCCAUAAGUACAUAUUAAUACUGUGUAUUCUUUGAUGUCCAUAGUGUUGCUCUUUUCUAUUGUAUUUAAUUUAUGUAUGUAUAAUUGUAUGAUAAUGUAAUGGUAACCCUGCCUGUGCUAACGGUAUACGCUGACGGGGCACCAGUUAGGGAUGAUAGGUGAGGAUGAUAAAGCAAGUCAGUCUAUCGUGAUGAGUUCGAUAAGAAUUAACCAUUAUGGUCUUCAGGAGACACCACGUGGAAAUCGACCUGAAUAAAUAUAUCGCAAGCGAUGAAGCUUUUCUGACCCCAUUAUUUUGCCUUUAAUUUUUAAUUAACAAUUUUUCCUCCCUCAAAAGAUUCAUGUUGACAUUCGAUGUUCGUAUUUCCGAAAUGCGUUCAUUGACUGCUUUGCAUAAUUGAUAUCUUGGGUUCGAUUCCUGGUUGGACUAAUUUAAGGAAUUAACAUUUCUGAAUUGGAUCGGAUCUGGAAGUUCUUAGUUGUGCUCAAAAAUGUUUUUUGCCUGUUUCAUCCUAAGACAGGUCAUCCUAGCUUGGGGACCAAGCGAUUGGUCUGAUUGUGUAGAUAUAUAGAUAAUUUAUUUGCAUUACUUACAGCACACAAAUAAUAACAAACAUAUACAGUAAAAAGAGAUAAAAGAAUGCUAAUACAAAAAAAAAAAAGGAAAAAUAUAAAACAAGUAACAGUUUUCUUUUUUCAUACGUGUGCCAUAGUAACACAAAAUGGUCACAACUCAGUUCAUUGUUUUGCCCUCAAAAGAGCACGUGUACUUUUUAUUGUUAUAUCAUUAUUAUGACUGGAACUAUCAUCACUUUUAUACUUGUAUCUGCAGUAUAAAUAACUAAAGAUGAUUAUCCUUAACUCUUGUGAGAAUUUAUUGUAGUGGGAUCAAUUAGUUUAUAAUCUAUCCUUGUCUAUUCUAUUUAAGAGCUGCGCUCUUGUCGGUGGAGCUCUUGCCACUCACUGCGAUAUUCAGCGAGUCUCUUCACCACGACACCAACUCCUUCUUUGACCUGCCUGUUGUAACUAUGUCUUGGUCUUCCGCUUCCCCUCUUUCCUUCUAUCUUUCCUUCUAUCUUACCUUCUAUUAUAAUGUUCAUAAGUUCAUCGUGUUGUAUCGAGUGUCCCAACAUUUUUUUCUCUCUGUCCUAAAAAUUCUCCUAUUUUGUCUUAUCCUUAGUUGAUAAUGAUGGAUAUAUAAAUAUGUAGUCGAUGGUUACCUUUGUUUUUGAGCCUAGGAUUAGAUCAACAAGAUGAUGCUGGAAUUUAAUCAAAGUUGUUUGUAAGAGCUUGCUUUCAGUAAAAAGGCCGCCUUUAUUUAGUAAAGAAAAAUCCGUAAUAGUUCACGUUUGAAAAAUAAGGCAUAAUCUAAAUUUCAAUACCUACUCUAUUACGAUUCAAUAAUUGAUAUUUUAUAUAUUUAUGAAUAAAUUGUUAACUUCUUUAAUACUUCUUUUUUAAGUCGUGUGGUCUUGGUAUAGAGGGGUCACCCGUUCCUUUCCCGUGGGUGUCGUAAAAGGCGACUAAGAGAGGGCGAGGGAUGGGCAGUAGAUUCCUUCUUAAAACAUCUUCAGAGCCUAACCGCGGUCGCCAAUUCGCCUGCCAAGCGUGGCAACUGGCUCCAAGGGGAAGACUUAUACUCAGCAGUGAAUAGUUAAAGGCUGAUAUUAUGAUGAUGAUGAUGAUGAUGAAAUUGUUAACUUUACUUACAGUUUCCCAAAACGUGGGAAAUUAAUCAAUCAGUCAUUUAUUUGUAUAAACAUAAAUACAGUCAUAAAAUUUUAUUUCAGUCUAAGUAAUUUUUCCAAGAAAUCUACAGUUUGAAGUUACGCAAUUUCAGUUUAAUAAGAAAGAAUGUAACAAUAUCACAAAUUUCACACAAACACACACACACACACAUACACUCACACACAUGCACGCACGCAUGCACGAACGUGUUUAUUUUUAAAUUUAGGUUUCAGUUGAGCAGAAAAUGUUGGAUAGUUUUUAUUUUGUAUACUAUUGUUUUUUUUAAUUGUUUUGUUCUUGUUUUGUAUGCACUGUGUGAGUCGCCUAAUUCUUUGAAUAAUUUAUUUGUUUCUUUCUUUUGUUCUAUUUAGACUAUUAAUUAUAUGUGAUUAGGGUUUAAUUGCAAUUAGAAAGCUCAGGCAUCUAUUUAUUAUUCUUAAUUCAUAGAUAAUGAUAUAUCAUGAAACAAAAACUUCUAGUUGCGAAGCAAAAUUUAUUUGUAGAUACACGUUUCAGUGUUCUAAAUUCAAUCUACAACAUGUCUACGAAACAUCUCGUCGUAUUAGAUAUCUGUGAUUACGUUUGAGGUCAUUCUUUGUUUGAGAAAAAAUAUACUUGUAUAGAAACGUGUAGGUACCAUUGUUUAUUUAAUAAAAUUGUACAGAGAUCUAGUUGGAUGGGCCGUACGGAUUGGGGUGUGAAUAAUUCAUACCGUGCAAUUAGAGUUGUGGCAGCAAACGGGCACGAAGAUUGGCUUUCUUGUUAAACAAUUUGAUUGGGAAUUCCCUUACUACAAUAGUCGAUAGUAAUCUAUAAUAUUCUAUAGAAAUGUAUUAUUUAUAGUUAUUUCUUUUACAUUUAUGAUAUAGCUAGCUUAGGCAUUUAUUUAUUUAUUUACACUUUAUUGCACCAAGAGAAAUAACAAAUACAGUAAAUAUUAAUGAGAAGUGAUACAAAAGGCGGCCUUAUACCUAAGCAAUCUCUUCCAGACAACCUUUGGGUAGAGGACAUUGAGAAAAAGACAAAGGGUAGGUGGCGCACUAUUAUAUAAAUAUUAUCAUAUACAAACAUAUAUACAUACAUACACACACAUACAUAACAUACACAUACUUAACAGCACACAUACAACAGAAAAAAAAAAUUACGAAGGAAAACGAAGACAGAACACAGGAAAAUAGUACUAAAGUGAGAGGUAGUAGGAUUUAAAAGAGGUUUUGAAGCUAGUAAGAGUUUGAGCGCACCAAAUAGAGAUAGGUAGUGAGUUCCAUAGGCGAACUGCCUGGACAGUAAAGGAUUUAGAAUAAAAGAAAGAAGAAUGAAUGGGAAAUUUGAGUCGGAGGUUAUUGACACUGCGUAAUGUAUGAUCAUUAGUUUCACUGAGAAACAAGAAUCGGUCUUUUAGAUAAUCAAUAAUUAAAAUUAUAUUAUUAUUAUAAUUUCAAAUUUACAUCUUCUCUAUUCAAACAGAAUUGUUUACUAGAUCUUUUAAAUUCUCAUUUUUUAUGAAUCUAUUGCAGGGUUCGGAAUGUUGAGAUGAACGCGCAAGAAAUAACAAUUACUCUUUUAAAUUUCUGUUAAUAUUAUGUGGAGACUUUGUACAAAAGUCGAUUGCUUGGGUACCUCUGUCCCAUUCGUGUUUCAGCCGUGAAGCAGCUGUGUUUGCAUGGCUGUAUUUCGGUUUGAAGGGUGGGAUAUGGCGUGAAUUUACUGGGUACAGAGGAAUAACACCUGUGUCCUCAGGAAUGGCAACGCAUGGGGGGUAUCAUGGGCGAAACAGUAUACUUUGUUAUGUCCAUGGUACUGCCCAUGUCUAUAGGCGACGGUUACCACUUUCCAUCAGGUGGACCGUCAGCUUGAUUGCCAUUCUAAGUUGUAUAAAAAAAAAUGUACUAUGUAUAAAAUUACAUGGUCAUUAGAAAGCUCGUGCAUGAUCGGUUAAUUUCAUGCACGUUUCUCAUUCAAUUAUAUUAUAUGAUGAGUUAUUAGUCCAUUGAUAGAAGGACGCCUAUAGUUACAAAAAGCACCAUGGACGCCAUAUCACAUCCUAUGCUGUCCAUAGUACCGCACUGUCUUCAUAUCAUUCAAAUCUUGAUUGUGUUUUAUUUUUUCAACCGACUUAAAAAAGAGAUCCUUAAUUCGAUUGUAUUUUUUUAUGUUUCUUAAUUUAUAACUCUGUCAGUUGUAAACCGAUUUGGAAAAAUAUUUUUUCAUCUGAAAAAAUACACUUACAUACAGGUCUCAAAGAAAUUAUAUUAAAAUCGAUUCAGCAGUUUUGUUCUUACAUCAAAAUAACUGGUUUUGCCACAAUUGAAGCUGAAUGUUUUUUGUAAAAUAUAAUUAUGUGUUUAUUAUGUAUAAAUAAAUGCACAAUAGAUGAAAAACUGACUGCCAUGAUCUGAUAGAGUCUAUUUUAACUGGCUGAAAAAGGAAACAAGUCUCGAUGACGUGUUAUGAAAUUAAAUGGAGUAAGAUAUAUGUAUGUCUGUCCUUUUCAUCCUAUGGGUGUCAUAAAACCCGGGAACAAAGCAUUACACAUCAGGGCGACGAAUGAAAACUCGGAAAAAUACAUACUGUACGAGUCAGCAUGGUAAUAGUAGGUCAACUGAAAAGUUCCCCAUAGGAGAAAUCCAAUGGGAAACGAUCCACACUCAGUUGUUGAAUGUUGUUGGGGUUUUAUGGGGUGAUAUGUAUAUAGGAUGUUUUGCUGGAAGAAAUCUCUUAUUAGAGAUAAACUCGUCUUUGAACAUUAUGUUUCAAAUGAAUUGUGGUUAACAUUAUAUUUUGUGUACAAUAAAGAAUAAAGAAUAGGAGUUUUGGUUUUCUGUUAUUCAUCUAACUUCAAAAGAUGGUAGUUCUCAAUUCGGUUGUAUUUUGUCUAUGUUUGUUACUUUAUAAUUCCGUUAGUUAUAAAUCGAUUUAGAAAAUUCUUUAUCAUCUGAAAGGAUAUACGUAAGUAUAUCCUUUCAGAUGAUAAAGAAUUUCAUUUCAUUUGCAUUCGUUUCAUAGAAAUUUUAUUAAAAUCGGUUCAGCAGUUUAGUUCUGAAAUUAAUAUAACUAGUUUUGAUCACAAUUCAAGUCGGUUUUUUUUAUGGAACACCAUCUGAUGAGAUAAGGAGUCUGUCCUUAUAAUAGGAAGAAGAUAAUUAGUUAUUUAAUUUUAAGUAUUUAAUAUUAAUAUAAUUAAAAUAUUUAUUUAUAAUUAUAAAAAAAUAUUAAAUAUUUUAAUUAUAUUUUAAUUAAUGUUUCCUAAUUAUUAUUUUUUUGGUUAAAUGGCAGAGUUUUUUUAAGUCAUUAAAAAUAUGUUUAAAUUUAAAUUUAAUAACUCUAUUACAUUGUUUGUGUUCUUAUUGUUUACAUUUGACUAAGCACUUUAGUUUAUUCGUCUUCAGUUUUUUAAUACGGUAGAAUCAAUUAUGAAGAAAUCGUAUAUGAGGAAGCUUCAAACCUUGAGGUAAAGUUUAGGAUAUAAUUAUUUAUAAAUAAAAAUCUAGGAAAAACUUUUUUUUUUUACAAACUCUAAGUACGGGCGUACAAAUAUGUUACUGGUUCCCGCUCAACCCGUGCGCUGCCGAUGCGCUUUUCGCAUGUCCCCGCAGUAGUGCAAGAGGUCCCGCGGGCUAGCACGUGCUAUCGACCGCAGCGCGCUGCGGACGGUGCGGGAUCGGCCGGCACGUGAAUGCGCGCGCACGUGCCUGAAUUAGUGCUGUGCCUUGGCUAAUUUAAAUUUAAUUUUAAUGCAUAGGCACAACAUGAUAGACAUAUACAUCCGACAAACUCCGUACAACUUACAAACUUGGAAGAGAUAUCGACAGUUGUAAAAUUAAAGCCGAGCCUUAGAUAUUUAACGAAGACUUAGGUCAUAGAAAAAUACUUGAACAUUUUGUACUGGGCAUUGGAAGUAAAAAAUAAACUAUACUGUAUCCGAUGGAAAAUGGUUACAUAUAGACAAGAAUAAUGCUAUAGAUGUUGCAAAAUAUAUUGUGCAGCACAUGCUGUCUGUCAGCCAUAUGUACAAUUUCUAAGGAAUAAGGUGUUAAAGAUUUUAUUGGCUAUCAGUCUGAAAAAGCAAUACAUAUGUAGUGCAAUUUAGCUUUCUGGGAAAAAAUAGGCAAAAACUGCCAUUUUUAAUUACAUUCCAUUUUGUUGAUUUUUUGAGAAAAUAAUUUAUGAAUACGUAAAUACAAAUUACUAUACUGCGUAAUUCAUUUCGUUACUUCUCUGUAGCGAAUGCCACAGCUUUAUCGAUAAGAGGCCGGCACGCGAGCUGCGGCACUCGGUCGCCUAGCGUCAGACGCCGCAUGGCCGACCGCGGCAAAUAUCGCGUCGCGCCCGUCCCGGCGCCGACAAAGAAACAGUACGCGUACGUCCCGUGUCCGCGGUCCGAGGAGGUCGGCACAGAGUUCGCGCUCCAACUCCUCAGGGGCCAUCACCACGUCGAACCACCGGAGACACCGCAGAAAUCCCCACCCGAACGAUGCGGUCCGGUCCUCGGCGCGGGAACGGGCCCGGAUCCCGAGCCUCCUCAGCCGCUCGUGACGCGGGAGCCGUCCGUGUCGCUGAUGCGCUGGGAUCGGCCGGCGACAGCCACCGCGGACCGCCGCCGCACCGAGCCGGUCUCACUAGCGACUCUCGAAAGAGACUGCUUUGUCAUCCCGGCACAUGCCCUUGAUCGGUUUCUGCCUGAUGGAGUGCCGCUUCCAGUCCCACCUCCAACACCCGAGAAAGGAAUAACAACAAAGACUGCCCAAAACUCCCUGAGCAUCCUCGAAGUAGCGGAUCCCAAACUAUGUAUUUUAGCUCAUUUGAUGAGCCCCUUAGAACCUAUAGAGCCAAUACUAGAAUCGCCACUUGCCAAACCUUUAAUGAAGCAGAAAACAGCUGCUGGGGAACUGUUGAACGAUGUGGCUCAGGCAAACACGGCAGUCGGUGGGAUGCUGUUAGCUAAUAUGGAGAGAAACGCAGAGUUCCCAUUCAUAUCGUAUUAUGUGAUAAACACAACACAAUCAGAUCCUUUACUUUUCUACAAUAAUAUGAGGAGUGCUUCCUUGAGCAAGUUUGAUCCAAAAUCUAUGAGAUAUUCAGCAGCGCACACUUUAGACUUGUAUAGUGAGGUGGCUAUGAUCUGCAGGCCGCCGUUUAACGAUUUAGCUGGCGGACCGAAGAAAUCACAUACACCUACCACUGGAUUCAUAAUUAGUGUUUAUAAGGUCUUCGAAGGCGACGACGGCGAGCGGUUCGAAAGGAAUUGGCUUUACUGGACAGGAGCUCGUAUGCUGUAUCGCCACUUGCCACAUUCCGUCGGCAUGAGGAAGAUCGCCCUCCACAAGUCGGUCGCCCAGCACGGCGACAAGAUGUACCUCUUAGUCUGUGAGUGUGCCAACUUGUUGGACAACUUGUCUGGAGCCGCCAUGUUGGUGACAGCGUUGCGAGCGAGGUUAUGCGGGUACACGGGCCUUUACAGGCCUAUACAGACAUUCUAGUAAAGGAGCGGCCUUAGUGGCCGUGAUUGUGUUGUUCUAUAGGAUUUAUGACGUCUUUGUCAACUGUGUUGGUAGCAUUAUAAAUGGCUUUAUGAUUGAAAAAAUAUGUAUUAGUCUAUGGGAACGUUAGUACAUACUCUUUAAAUAUAUUUUGAAUUUGGAAAGGAAGUAAUUUGCGAAGGAGACGUCUGAAUUCAUAGUUGGUCAUUGAACGACACAAGUUGUGAAAACGGACCAAAGUAUUAAAUUUUUAAUAUCUAAGCAUGCUGGUUAUUGUAUGGUUGAUUGUAAAGUGUGUUUCGAACCGUCGUGUUCUAUUACUAUUGCUAAUUAGAUUAAGCGUUUCUAAGUUAAUAAAUUCAGAGUGUUUAUCUAUUCACUAGAAAUGCUUGCCCGUAAAUAUUUUUAAUAAUUAUCCCUAGUUUCUAGUUAUUUAGAUGAGGAUCUAUAAGAUGCUGACUACAUUAACUUUUUACUGCCAUAAAUUACAACCUUCAAUUACUUGUUGGGAAAAGUUCUGGUUGAAUAAGUUUUAAAAACAUAAUUCAACGCAUAAUGUAUGCAAUAAAAAAAUACAAAUAUAUUUAAUAUUUUCACGACAAAAUAAUGAACGUGUAGGACAUGACAAUUUCGUAGAUGCCCAUGGAAAUUUAAAAGCGUCUCCAUACAUUUGCAUAUAUUUUGCUCACCUAUUAUAUCGUGACGAUAUAAUAGUACGAUAUUGUGCCGCUCUACAGUAAAUUGUGUCGAUAUAGUACAACCAUUGUUGUUUUUCUACCAAUUCUUUCUUUUUUUAUUUAUAUUAUUUUGUCACACUAAUGGCAGUAAAAAGUAAAUAUGUUAAUUGGAGUUUAUAUAGCACUGCCAAAAAAAAAACUUGGUUUAACUAACCUAACGGUUAUUAUUAGGUAAAACCAUACGCUAAAAUGGUUAAAACUCAGUGUUGAAACUCAUUCGAAGUUCGCAAGUGUCAUUACGUAUAGAGACCAGAAAGUGAUAUCUUUUGUAUUCGCUCUACAAUCAACAACAAAAGUAGCUGCGAUGACGAUGAAAAAAUUAAAAUUUUUUGGUUAAUUAUGAACGUCAUUUUUUUCUAUCUCUACGUCCACUUCAAUCUAUCUACUUCAGCUCGGGUUCACCCAUUUUUGGGUAUAGGCCUCUUCAUGAUUUCGCCAGAUGAUCCGAUCCUUCACCAUACGCAUUCAAGUCUUGCUCACCGUUCUAUUUAUAUCGUUUGCCCAGCGCAUGGGUUGUCUCCCCACGUUCCUUCGGCCAAUUCUUGGUCUAUUGGUGGGUUGGUGGCUUGCCCAUUUGGAAACCUGGAAACUACUAGUGCAAUAUCUUUGAAUCCAGUUCAAUAAACAGAUUCAACUAAGAAUUGACAGGAAACUUGACUAUUUUAGAUUCUUUUGAAUUAAUCCCCUUAUUCAUCAAUAAAAACUAUUUUAAUUAUUGAAGUGUUUUUUUUUUUAUAUUAGCUUUAAAUUCCAAAUUUGAUAGAAAGUAACAUAACUAUAUAAAAUUUAAAUUGUUUUUUUAAAGUUUCAGUGUUUAUGAAUGAGAGGGUAAUCCGUUAAAAAAGAUGUAUUUAGGUAUUUAUAUUUAGCCUAACUGAGAUCAAGAACGGUUGUCUUCUAAGUGAUUUUUUAAUGACUUUACUCAGUAAUGAUUGUCAUCGUCGUCAUUCCAGCCACUUUGAUAGCAUAGUGGUAUUAUUUAUCGCAUGUCUUCCGAGCGAUCUUAGUACAAAAUAUGAACAUAAUUCAUACUAAAUUCUUAAUUGAACUAGUUGUUGUUUUGUUAUUUUUAUUGUUAUUUUGCGAAGGUCCAUAUUACUGAUUUAUUGAUUAGAUUAUGUUUAAAUAAUUCGAAUUAAUAGUCCUAAUAAAUCUUCUAAUUAUUUCC